CACCACCUCGACGACUAACGACAACACAGGUCCAAGAUGAGUCACCGGAAGUACGAAGCGCCUCGGCACGGCUCUCUUGCCUACUUGCCCCGCAAGCGCGCCGCCCGUCACCGCGGUAAGGUCAAGAGCUUCCCCAAGGAUGACCCCAAGAAGCCCGUCCACCUGACGGCCUCCAUGGGCUACAAGGCCGGUAUGACCACUGUCGUCCGUGACCUUGACCGUCCUGGUGCCAAGAUGCACAAGAAGGAGAUUGUUGAGGCUGUUACCGUCAUUGAGACUCCUCCUCUUGUUGCUGUUGGUGUUGUCGGAUACAUCGAGACCCCCCGUGGUCUCCGCUCGCUGACCACCGUGUGGGCCGAGCACCUGAGCGACGAGGUUAAGCGUCGGUUCUACAAGAACUGGUACAAGAGCAAGAAGAAGGCGUUCACCAAGUACGCCAAGAAGCACGCUGACAGCGCUGCCUCGGUGUCGCGCGAGCUGGAGCGCAUCAAGAAGUACUGCACUGUUGUGCGCCUGCUCGCCCACACCCAGAUCCGCAAGACGGCCCUCAAGCAGAAGAAGGCGCACCUGAUGGAGAUCCAGGUCAACGGCGGCUCCGUCGCCGACAAGGUUGACUUCGCCCGCAACCUGUUCGAGAAGACCAUCGACAUCGACAGCAUCUUCGAGAAGGACGAGAUGAUCGACGUCAUUGCCGUCACCAAGGGUCACGGCUUCCAGGGUGUCACCAGCCGUUGGGGCACCAAGAAGCUUCCCCGUAAGACUCACAAGGGUCUCCGCAAGGUCGCCUGUAUUGGUGCCUGGCACCCGGCCCACGUCCAGUGGACCGUCGCCCGUGCCGGUCAGAUGGGUUACCACCACCGCACCUCGUGCAACCACAAGGUCUUCCGCAUUGGCAAGGCCUCCGAUGAGGGCAACGCCUCCACCGAGUACGAUGUUUCCAAGAAGCAGAUUACUCCUAUGGGUGGCUUCGUCCGCUACGGUGAGGUCAAGAACGACUUCGUGAUCCUCAAGGGCUCCGUUCCGGGUGUCAAGAAGCGCGUCAUGACCCUGCGCAAGACCCUCUACCCCCAGACCAGCCGCCGUGCUACCGAGAAGGUCGAGCUCAAGUGGAUCGAUACCUCGUCCAAGUUCGGCCACGGUGCCUUCCAGACCGCCGAGGAGAAGCGCGCCUUCAUGGGUACCCUCAAGAAGGACCUUGUUACUUCUGCUUAAGUUUCUUUUUUCAGGC